AUGGGUUGGCAAGAGCGUUAUUUCGAAUUACAAAAUGGGGUCUUGGUGUACUAUAAAAGCGAAUCGGAAAAACAGUUUGGUAGUCGUGGUUCCAUAACACUGCGCUGUGCAAAUUUACAGGAGAACGAAGAAGAUUCUACUCACUUUGGGAUAACCACAAAUGGAGUUGCAUGGUAUUUGAAGGCUGAAAGUCUCAAGUCAAAAAAUCUUUGGCUACAAGCAAUAAAAACGUCCCCCUCUGCUUAUUAUGUCACUUCAAGUACAUUUUUUUUCAUAAUCACGUUUAAGGAUGAGUUGAAAGCGAAGGUAGAUGAUUUGGAGAAAUCUCGACAGUUAGCACGCUUUCAAGUGGAAAAGUUGCAGCAGAAACUGAAUAGUGCUGUUCAACAAGUCGGUAGUAACGCAGAAAGCAGUUCCUUGCAAGAGGAGGGACUCGCUUUGGACAUGACUACCGCUGCUAUUUUAAGGGACGUGAAAAUAUGUAUAGAUAUUCUAUCUGAACAGGUUAUUGGAUUUCUUGUGCUCAACAGUCUGAAUUUACCAGUUAAUAAGGUUAAUAGUAAAGAAGAACCUAUCGAUCAAGAGGAAGAUGAUAAUAAUGGCAUAGGUUCGCCGACAUCUGCUAGUUCAACGGGCAUUUUGAGCGAUUCUGAGUGGCACGAUGCGUUGGAAAUGAAGGAAGAUAACAUUAUUGAGACAGUUUUACUGAAGUGUGGCGAAAAUGGCAAGAUUUUUGGGUGGGCACCAUUAUUUUAUUUGCAGGAUGCGAGGUUGUGUAAGCCCAAAAUCGAUAGCAAAGUUAGAGGAGAUGAUAAUGAAACUCAUUCGUCGUUUUCUCCUUUUGGAGUACUUACUCUUCCUUCCUCUUGCCCACUAGCAGAAGAAAUUAAUAGGAUUACCUUAGAGCAGCUUCGUUAUGCAAAAGCUGGUGUUGAAGAGAAUGCAAGUUUUAUCAUAAUUGAUCACAUUAAAUUGGUUUGGGAACUGUUUUCAGAGGAAGGUGAAAUGCGUAUGUACAAAAUGGAAAUGGAGAUCGAAGGACUUGUUUGUGAUCCCCUUAAAGCUACUCACUGUGUUAAAGGAGUAACAGCACGUGAGUACAUUCAUUUUUUUUACGAACCAGAAUAUAAGGAAGAAUGGGAUGAAACCAUCGAUAAAAUGAACGUUGUUGAAACAAUCUCUUCAGAUACUUGUGUUAUACACCAGGUAAUACUUGGACUUCUAACAGAGUGGUUUAUUACACAUGAAUUUAUCCUUGCUUUAUUCAAGAUCCACAAAAGGAUAUGGCCUGCAGCUCAAAGGGAGUCGUUGUUCUGGUCACAUGUGAGAAAAUUGAAUUCUAGCAAGGACUCAGACGCGUAUGACCUUUAUAUAGUGUGCAAUCAUGACACUCAGCGAGCAGAUGUACCAUUAACGAAUCUAUCCAACAUCCGGGUAGGAGUUACUGUUGCUAUGGUUUGUCAAACUAUUAUUAAUAGACGUGGCCAUAGUGAGGAAAUAACUCGUGAUGAUGUACAGUGCCGUAUUAUAUAUGUCGCUCAAGUUCACCCUGGCGGAUGGGUGCCCAGUGGCGCAUUACGGGUAGUCUACAAACGGGAAUAUCCAAAGUUUUUAAGAGGCUUUACUAGUUAUGUUGUGCAACAGUUAACUAAUCGUCCGCUGUGUUUAUGA